UCCGCCAGUAAAUCUCAAGGAGAAGAAGAAGAACCGCGACUGCAGUAGUGAAAAUGGCUGAGUCGGAAGAGGAGGUGGACGUUUUGGUUCAAAGAGUUAUGAAAGAUAUUAAUAACGCGUUUAAGAGAAACCCCAACAUAGAUGAGAUUGGACUCAUUCCCUGCCCGGAAGCCAGAUACAACAGGAGCCCGAUUGUCCUGGUGGAGAACAAGCUGGGAGUGGAGAGCUGGUGUGUGAAGUUUCUUCUUCCUUACGUCCACAACAAGCUGCUUCUCUACAGACAAAGGAAACAGUGGCUUGACAGGGAAGCGCUUAUAGAUGUCACCUGCACGUUGCUGCUGCUAAAUCCAGAUUUCACCACUGCUUGGAACGUCAGGAAAGAGUUGUUGGAGUGUGGGGUGCUGUCUCCCGAGAAGGACCUCUACCUAGGGAAGCUUGCACUGACCAAGUUCCCCAAGAGUCCAGAGACAUGGAUCCACAGACGCUGGGUCCUGCAGCGGCUCCAGAGGGAACUGUGCCCCGGGCUCGGCGAGCGGAAGGAGCAGGCGGACGGCGGUGGCGGUGACGGCGGUGGCGGUGAGGCCACGCGGCGCGGCGAGCGUCUGCGCAGGCUCCUGCAGGAGGAGAUGCGCGUGUGCGCCGACGCAGCGGGCCGUUACCCCAGCAACUACAACGCCUGGUCCCACCGCAUCUGGGUGCUGCAGCACCUGGCCAAAGGCAACCUGAAGAUACUGCAUGACGAGCUGUCCUCCAUGAGGCUGUGGGUGUCCAUGCACGUGUCCGACCACAGUGGCUUCCACUACCGCCAGUUUCUGCUCAAGGCCCUGGUCCGGGAGCUCAGCCAGCAGCAGGCCCAGUCUCCAGCCUCGUCUCCCCCGCACCCACCCUCCUCCUCCCCCCCGCCACCGCCGCCGCCGCCGCAGGGCUCCCCGACCAACUCGCCCUCGCAGGCCAACGGCGAGGCCUCCACCGCCACCGUCAGGGGCCCCGAGGCCCUCGUGGGAGCCACCGCCGCCGUCUCCCAGCUCUUCCACGACGAGAUGGAGCUGUGCACCGACCUGAUCGAGUCUUACCCGGGUCACGAGACGCUGUGGUGUCACAGGCGACACGUCUUCUACCUCUGGCACCAGUGGGCGCAGGAGAACGACCUCGGCCAGGCCAACGGGGACUCUCCCGGCCUCCUCAACCACGCCCAGGAGCCUCCCGCCUCCCCCGCCCAUGCGACGCCGCCGCCGCCACCGCCACCGCCACCCACCCACCACCCUGAGGACGCCGCUGCGGCCAUGGCGACCGCCAACGGCCAGCAGCAGCCCGUGGACAUGGAGGUGGACGGAGAAGUCGAGCCGGAGAUCUGCUCGCUCUCGGACGCCGCGGGCCAGGACGGCUGCGGCGGCGGUGGCGGCGGCAGCGGAAGCGGAGGCUGCUACACGCGGGACACCAAGCGGCUGAAGCGCGGGCCCACGCCGCCCUGUCCGGCGCCCAGCCUGCCGGCAGAGGACGCCUUCAUCAGCCGCGUCCUGGCCGCCUGCCGGAGCCCCGAGCAGCGGCGCUUCGCCGCCGCCUACAGGAAGUGGCUGGACUCCGUCAUAGGUCAGUAGUUCUUUUCGCAAAAAAAAAGAAAGAGAGAAAGAAAGAAUGGGGGGGGGGACGACACGGAGAAAGGCCUCCCCAGGCCUCCACUGACUUCCUGCCGCGGCACCUCUCGUCUCGUACACGUGAGGGAGGGAAGGUGCAGGAGCCGGGGGGAGGGGAGAGGAGAGGAGAGAGGGAGAUCUCUGUGGUAGGUCAGAGACAGGUCAUCUUCACUUCAUUUAAUUCACCCUCUCAAAACAAAAACAACAGCUGGACCUUUUUUUUUUCUCUCCUUCAAACUGAGAGCUGUUUGGAGCUGUUUCACAAUGAAAACCCAUUGCCCCCCUUUUUUAUUUGUUUUUAUCUUCCUGUUUUUUUCUUUCCUUUACUCGUUUUAAAUAAUCUUAAAGGUCAGAAGUGGUGUGUGUGCCUCCCUCAGUUUUGGUGCUGUCAAUCUCAGGUCUGUUUCAGCAUAAUGCAAUGUUUUCUUUUUCCCCUUCAAUUUUCAUUAUCAUUAUUUUAUUUUUGGUUUGGGUUUGCUUUUUAUUUUUUAGGGCUUGUUCAUUGAAGCAUGUCUACAUUUAUUCUUUUGCGUCUUCCACUUGAAAUGAAAGAAAUAACUGUAGCAGAUUCCUUUCGAUGCUGCCAUCCAUGUUAAUUCCUGAUUCCCUGACUCAAUUGGAACAGACUUACAUGCUGCAUUCUGCUGCUUUGGGUUCUCUGCAUUUGAGUAUAGACAUGAACAAAACAUCCUGACGUUUCGCCACAGUCAGGAUCUUGUAAGCACAAUCAGAUGAGAUCGGGACACUUUUGGUGAAAAAUAGCUGAACACACAAAUAGGUAUUUGAAAAAGAAAAAAAAAAGCUGAAAAAAAAAGCAGACAUAACUUCAUAGAUUCUCCCUUUGCUUUGAUAAGCGUACAGUCAGGAUCUCGUGUCUUCAGAGUGACAUCCUCACUGCCUUCCUUGACCGUGUCAUAAUGGCGGUUGUAGCUACGGGCCACAGAGAGUUCGGGAUACACACCCUGACAGGCAGUCAGGAUCCCCCCCAUCCCCCCCCCCAUCCCUGUCACUUCAGCUCCUUCAGCCUAAAGCAGCAUUAAGGAGCAGAGCAUAGGUGAUGGGAAUUGGAGCUUGUGGUUGAGAUGACCCCCCACCCCCCCCAGAGGGGAACUUGAAGCACAAGUUAGCAGAGCUGAUCAGACGACUCCAUCUUUAGCCUGCCAUGGGUGUCUAUGCUGAUGGAGAAGUGUGCUAAGUGCCCCCCCCCCCCCCCCCCAACACACACACACACACACACACACACACACACACUCAGACACACAUCACCAGUCAGCCUUCCCUCAGAUCCACAAGCUUUCUUUCACUCACAUGGCCUUUUGCCUGCAGUAGGACUUUUUGUCUUUGCUUUUGUGGUUUUUAACACCUGAAAGUGAUGGCCAUAGAAUCCUCCUCCGUUUGUUAGUAGAUGCUGCUGCCUUUUGUUGUCUCAUGUAAAACACUAUUGUACAGUAAGCUAUUAGUUAGGCUAUAUUUAUGCAAAGUAAGAUGAGGAAAAGAGUGAAGAGUGACAGAUUUUACUCAAGCAGUUUUUAAAGGUCCAUUAUUUUUCUGUUGAGGAGCUGGUGAACUGUGCUCCUGACCAUCAUCAGAACUGGAAUCGUCUCAAUGUUUGGAUUCUGUUAGAGCUCUUAAUAAAUGUUUGACUUGAA